UCAUCUUCCUUCUUCGUCUGAUGAACGAACUAAAGAGGAAUACUCAACCCCAGUUACACCUCUUGCUUACCUCCUACAAUGAUGGCCUCUGAUUAGGUGUUCCCUGAAGAAGAAACCAACGCAGCACUCAUACCACCUUUUCCUAUUUAUAUGCACACUGCUUCUUCUGGGUCAUCACAUGAGAGAGGGAGCUGGCCGAGAGGAAGUGAGGAGGAGUUCUUUGUCUUCUUCUUGAUUCUUCGUUGCACCAUCAAUAGAGGAAGGAGAGUGAUAGCAAAGAAUGGUGACUGACCAAAACAGAGAAGGAGCCACACCAACGUUACCUUCUUCUCCUUCCAAUUCGAAAACUCUGAUCAUUCCUCUUGCUCCAUUAGAACUCUGUUAGAACAGCUGAAUCACAAGCCAAGAAGGGACUGGCCAGAGCUUGGAGGAAAACUAACCGAGAAAGGAAGAGAGAGUUUGAACCAAGUGUAACCAAGAGUGAACUCCAACGAGAUUCAUCGAUUUCACAAAUAGCUUUGAAGUUAGUUAGAAUGGAGGAGGUGAAAUCUGCAGUGGAGGAGCACAUGGAUCUCAUGGCGGAUCUCGUCCAGAAGCUGUCUUCCGAGCUUCGUGCCGGCCUCCGCCCCGCCUACGAUAACUUCAUCGGCUUCUUCCAUGCCAUUGAUUGGAAGGAACCAUGGUUGAUUGGUUUGGUUGGGUUCCACAUAGUGUUGCUUCUUGUGACUAUCAUCACCAGGAGGAAAACUAACUUCCAGAUGUGUUUGUUUCUUCUCACAUUGGCUGGUGUAUAUCUCGCUGAGAGGCUUAACACUGUUCUGAGGAUGAACUCGAAAAGCUUCUCUAGUCAAAACUAUUUUGAUCCAAAUGGACUAUUUAUCUCAGUUCUUUGGUCGGGGCCCCUUCUUGUCAUUGCUAUGAUAAUUCUGAUCAACACACUUUUCUCCUUGUGUUACUUGAUUGUUAGGUGGAAAAGAGCUGAACUAAGACAUCGUGCAAGCAUUGCUCGUAAUAAGGAGGAAUAGUUGUUCAUACUAUCCUUUUUUUUCCUUCCGGAUUAAACUCUUAAGGAAUUUCGUCUCAGUGAGGAGAUCAGAUUACAUGGUCGUAGAGAUGGUUCUUUUGUUGUUGUUUUUCUUAUUUAGUGCUCAUUGUUAUAUACCUUCUUUUCAUGUAUACUUACUACACUAUUCAAAGGGGAAGUGGGGGUAUAAUUUUACCCCUUUUAGCUCGUGUUCAUCAUAACCAUGGAUAAUUAAGGAUGAGAACCAUUUCCUUUA